AUGAGUAACGUCCCGGAACGGUCCCAAACGCACGCCCAUCAGACCUCAUCCCUGGAUGCGACGAGGGCAGCGUCGACGUCGACCCCCGCACCGGGCCCGCGCGCGACCCGGCUAAGGGACGUCUACGGCCAAGCCCUGGAGCACACCCUCUCCCGCCUGAGCGACGACAACCUCUCCGGCUGCUACCCUACCGUCUCCUCGCGCGCCGGUCCCGUCCUGCGUCAGGUGCAGGCCCAGAUGGUGGGCAAGCUGGGCGAAAAGUGCCGACGGGAGUUCGACUCCAUCCUCGAGGCCAGGGCCGUGGUGUCGCGACUGAAUGAGCUGGAUGUGUUGGUGACCGAGGCGAAAGCUCGGAGGGAUUCAGGUGUAGAUGCCCCUCAAGUUUUACCAAACACGUUACCACCCGAUCGCAUCAUGAGAGCUCAUCUCUCCCGUACAUUAUCCUCUCACAAAUCACAGCUCAACGCCCGGCUGCAGACGUCUCAGGCCCAGAACGCCGUCAUGUACGACACCAUCCGUGCGCAGAGGGCUGAGAUAGGAGAGCUGCUCGCCAGGGUCGAGGCCGCCGCCGCGGAUGUCAAGGGGGCCAAUGCCGCCCUGGGUCCCGUGGCCGAUCAGCUCGGUCUCGAGACUAGGGAGGGUCAUGCCGCUGUUUUGGCCUCAAGGAAGGAGACAUUGUAG